AUCACAGAGAGAAAUGAAGAAUGAAACCCUAGCCAUCUUUGCGAGUUGGUAACCGUUGGAGAUUCGUAGCUUCGACCUUAAGACCUUACCUGAGAAAAGUCUCUUUGGAAGCUUUGUUCUUCCCAUUAUAUUGAUAUCAUACUUGCAAAGCGGAGAUGGUUAUUCCUCCACCCGUCAAGCCACCAAGAAUUAUGAAGUUUCUCAAGCCAUAUGUCUUGAAGAUGCACUUCACGAACAAGUUUGUAAAUGCCCAAGUGAUCCACUCACCAACUGCCACAGUUGCCUCAGCUGCAAGCUCACAGGAGAAGACCCUGAGGUCGACCAUGGAAAGUACUCGGGAUGUGGCAGCAGCUGCAAUGAUUGGGAAGAUACUGGGGGAGCGCCUACUGCUGCAAGACAUCCCUGCUGUUACCGUUUUCUUGAAGAGAGAUCAGAAAUACCAUGGUAAAGUGAAGGCCGUAAUCGAUUCCUUAAGAGAGGUAGGUAUCAAACUACUUUGAAUUCAGGAAAACUUCUCUAUGGAUUCACUAAUGAAAACUUCAUUUUCUGGCAUUUCUGAUCUUUCUGAAGAGGGGAAUAUAUGGUGGGUCCCAUUUUUUAUUUUCUUCUAUUUGGCCAUGUAUAAAACUAGAACCAUAAACCCAGGUAUUGCAUGCAUAGGGCCAUUCCUCUGUAUCUACCCAUACCCCUUGAAUGUGUCCUGGUGGACCUGCUGAAAACAGACCCAAAGGUCUUAGUGGAUUCAUAAAUGCGCUAAGCUUAUUUCUUGAUCCUGA